GAUUCAAAAUAUCGCUCUCUAUCCGUGUUUUUUAUUUUCCAGAAUCAGUGGACUUCGAACUUUUUGAGCCGAUUCUUGAGAUUUUCUGGUUUAUAGUCAUUACGAGGUCAAUUCAAUUGUGCCAUAUAAGUCCCUUUGUCGUUCGAGUUCAGACCUGAUACGCCGUCUAUCGCCGUAUAAGGUACAAUUCUACCCUCAGUUUUGAAGGCUUGCACGCGCGGUGUUCUUGACCCGUGUAAACGUCACGUCUUCCUCGACUGUCGAAUCUACAGCAUUUCGGCACACGGAAGUUUAGUGGAGUGCCAUCUGGUAUUCCAGGCACGCGUAGUAACACACACUGCAUCAUCAUCAACAGUGAGUAUUCUUCUUUUAGCAUAUGUUCACUCGUUGGUGUCCAAGACCGAAUAACACCACACCGACCCAUUUUCCAACGUCUGUUUUUUCUCUAUUUAUAUCAAUAUGUAGGACACUUGCAAACUGCACUCACAGAGUCACUAUAAACACCAUGAGUACCGGGCAGACUCAGAAAUGCACGCCCAGCCAGUAUCGACGGCAUUGUGGACAAUGCAAAGCAGUCAUGGACAAACAAGUACAACGGAAAUGUCCACACUAUAGCGCCGUCUCAGCAAACCUGCGCGCAAAGGGCAUAUUAAUAACGGAAAGUGACGUAUUUUGUACAAAGUGCUACAAGGCACAAUUGGAAAUGGUAAAGAUUGAUGGCAGUGCAAGCACUGACCACAAAAUCAAAUCACUGAUCACACGUCAUGCGCAGAUGCCGGAUAAUCCUCUGGCCAACACAAUCGUGCUAGCAGGAAAGGCCCUGCUAGAUGCAAGUGCAGUGCUGCUUGUAACACUACAUGAGCACUAUCAGCAUGUGGCGACAGAGCCUCGAACCGCCAAGUGGCUCCUUGCCGAGCUAACAGCAGUACUGGGACAUCACAUGAAUGUUGUGCACCCUAGCGUAAAGAAGAGAGGCAUUCUCCUUAUGCGGAAAGGCUGCAAUACACAAGAGGUGCUGCAUGAUGUUCUCGCUCAACAGCGUCAAGCUGCAUUGGCAGCGGAUGCCAUGGAACUUGAUCCGGUACCUGAACAACACACAAGAAUCGCACAAGACGGGGCAGUGUUAACCACAGCAGAAAUAAUGCACAGAAUUAUACAACGACAAGGAAAAGAAUUCACAGGAAAGGAGUUUGAAAGCGAUACCGCUCUUUACAAAUUAAAUUUUUCCAAUGUUAUCCAGACCACUCACCCAACUCUAUGGAAGUGGAUUUGGGUAUCACUAUAUGGAACAAGUGAAGAACCACCCGCAGCAAUGCCACAAACGAGGUAUAAUCAGACAAAAUGCAUGCGUGCAAUUCAGGUGCUGUCCGCCAUCUUGCAUGCUGCAACACCCCAGUGCGUCUACCCGCUGCAGCUUGCAGUCGCAGAUGUUGUGGAGACCUACAGUCACUCCACUACGCUGCUUAGAAUGCUGGCAAGGCUGGGCAUUACCGCCAGCAGGGACACAUUCAGCAGGUAUAAAAUGCACGUCGUAGAUGAACGACAGAGGAAUGGGAUCCAAGCUGAGAUGCAGCUAGGCAGCAUCAGCUUCGUGUCUAUCGAUAACAUCGAUAAAGACAUGCCGUGGAAGCGGAUGUAUUGCCAUGAUCAAAAAAGGGGGUUUCAUGGCACAUCUGUGCAACAUGUAAACCCCCAGCCCUCCACCAACAAGGAGGGCCAGGCCGAAGGACCACAGCAGACGGUACUGCCAUUUGAAUGUUAUGACGGUGCGAGCAAGCAACAUGAUGCUCCGAGUGCUAAGCGGCGGCGCACCCAAAAAGAGAGCACCACCAACCCAGAGCCAGCAAUACCCGCUAUUGUUGUGUCGAGUGCAGUUUGCGAUGUAGGUGACGGUGAGGAUGCACCAGUCGCAAACUGCAACUCACACAUGUUGGCCAACAACCCUGAGCACGAAGAAGGAAAUAAAGAUGCCACCGCGGAUGCUCACAAAUGGUACAGCCACACCGUUUUGAGCAUCCGCAAUUUUACAUUGACAGACGAAGAUGACAAGUGCAUCAAAAAUGUACAGCAGCAGGCGUUCACCCACCUGAUCUCAACCAGCGGCAGUUCUGGCUUGAAAGGGUUCUUUCAGGAGCAAGGUGGAGAAAUCCCUGAAACAGCAAAUGUUGUGUACUUGGGUAUCCUGGACAAACCGGCAGACAAUAAAGACACAGUAAAAUCAAUCCUUGAUGAUUUGUACAGAACGUACGACAUUGGAAAGAGUCUAAUGCAUUUGCUUGUUGUGGGUGACGGCAAAACGUACGACAUCCUCCUCAAACUUCAAGAAGAAUACGGGCAAAGUCUAUCAUGGGUAGUGCCAUUUCCAGGUGAUUGGCACACCUUGAAAGCGAUUCAGCCUAUUCUUAUGAAAGUUUAUUGGGACGCAGGUCUGCAGUCUAUGGCCAAGGCAAUGGGCGCGAAAGGCGAGGGUCUUAGUGCAAUGGAACGGUGUAGCACUUUCAGAAAGACACAUGAAUUCAUACUGCUUGCACACGAAGCGAUUGGUCGCAGCAUGUUGGCAGAAUACAACAACAUCCAUUCCAAAACACCUACAAUGGAGGAGCUGGAAGAGUUUGCAAACCAGCAAGAUGAUGAUCUGUGGUCAUUUUGGCGUAGGUUUUAUUUCCGUGAUGCAAUUGCUUACAUUUCGUUGUGGUCUGCAAUUCGUGGUCGUGAUUGGUCUUGCAGAAUUGCAGCCAUAAAGAUGGCUGCACCGCUAUUCCAUGCAUUGGACAGGACUACAUACCUACGACUUGUUCCUCGGCACUUAGCUCACCUGCAGUCAAUGCCACCGUCCAUCCUGAGAAGUUUGCAGAGUGGCUGUUUCUCCGUUAGUCUCAAUGGAACUUACUUCAAUUCGGUUGCAUUGGAUGAGGCCCACGAGAUGAAGAUCAACAAGGACAUGAAAAUGUCCAUGGUACACCCUGAAGCCGCAUCGAUUGAUCGACUUACGUACUAUCUACCUCACAGAGCGGCACUGUUGAGAGCGUUCCAAGAACAAGUUCUGCCAACCACUGAUGAGCACUGUGAUGAUGAAGGCAAGGGCAAAAAAACACAAGAGACCAAACAAGGAAAGGAAAGAAGCGAAAAUGUUGCGAGCAUUUUACGUUUGAUACAGACCAGCAAUCUGUUCAAAACCGGCGUCACCAGGAAACUACAGAAUUUGUUCACCGGGAGAAUGGCAACAGAUGCCGAGCGUGGAGACAUGCUGGGUUUCUAUGGCAUUGGGCUGCAAGAGCUCAUAGCAUAUGCCACCAGCAGGUUGUUGAAAGUACCAACAUGUCUCCCGCCACGUCGACAGCAGCAUCUGAAGACAUUCGCUCCAGCGACGAAGCGCAAGAAGACUGUUAACCAGAAAGAGAAGGACCACAAGCUGGUUACUACUUGUCUGAAAAGAAGGUUAAUGUGGAAUCAAACUAACCAAACAACUGAAUCAUUAGCACAGCAGUUGAUCACCAUGCCACGAGCACUAACCAGUGACGGCCUAAAGCCCAGGACAGGCAUGAAGAGCACAGCAUCGAAACAAUUGGAGGAUCGAUACAAGGAUGUAUUCGUAAACAGUUUGCCACCAACAUUCGCAACUGCCAACACUGCUGUCAUCUAUGAUGCUAUGUUCUUGAUCAACUCUUCGCCUCUUGCUUGUCACAACACCUUUGCCGACUAUGGGAAGUUCAUCAUUCAGCGCUGGACAAGUCAUUGGUACGAGCGAGGAGUCGGAAGCGUUCAUUUCGUUUUCGACAAUGCAACAACGCUAGCGACAAGCCCAAAGGCAAUUCUCCGUAUAUCCAGGGACAUGGCAUCUGCAGGAGACGACACACAGCACGAACACAUACCAGUUACGGAAAAUGGAACCCUUCCGAAAGCUUGGCGCAAGUUUCUCGGUUGUCGGCAGUGCAAGCAGGCUUUGUGCGCUUUCGUUUCCCAGUACGGUUUAGGUAAUGCUCAAGCAUUUAUGACCCGACCAAACCAAUGUUUCAUCACAGCAGGAGCUUUGGGUAACGGAAUGAAUGACAUGGCUGUGGCAGCAGUCAAUGGCAACACAACCUGUUUUCUCGUGCAGGACCUACAAUCAAAUGCUGAGGAAGCAGACAACAGGGUGUGGCUACAUGCUUCAAAGUUUGAAACGGUCUUGGUUUACAGCCCAGACACUGAUGUUUACCACAUUGGAAUGGCCAUUGUCAAUGGACGUGUCGAGCGGUCGGUGUUUGUACAACUGGACAUGCCGGGGUCUGCACAGCACCGCUACUUGAAUGUGACAAAAUUGGUGAAUAAUAUCCGCAAUGACCCUGAUCUGUCACAGGUAGCAGAGAAUGUCCGGGUUAAUGCUCUUCAGGCCCUAUUCGUCUGCAGUGGCUGUGACUUUGUGUCUUUCUUUGCUGGGUUUGGGAAAUGUUCCUUCUACAAAUCCUUCUUCCAAUUUGCUACCUUUAUCACGGGUAAGAGCAUCGCAUUUGCAAAGUCAUGAAGUCUAUUGUGUGAGCGUGUGCACGAAUGUAAGUUAUGCGUGUUCCGUGUGUGGUUGUGUGUAUGAGUAUGUACAUAAGAACAUGUCCUUCGUUACAAAUUCCACGCAGAGUGGGUAACUGAAUAUUAUAAUUGUUUUUGACGAUGACUACACGAUGACAGCAUUGACCUGUGUGUUUGCCAACAUAAGCUGCCUUUUCCAAAAUGGUUUGAGCUACUUUUUGUACUGUCUAUAUUUGCUUAUUAUUUUAUAAUUAAUGUGUUCAGGAGGUAAAGAAACGGGAACAUUGACGGCGGAGGAUGACUCCAGCUUCAUGGCCUUCCUGCGGAUGGUUGGUACACUGUACUACCAGAAGCACAAGGCAGCCUUCGACGCCAAUGGCCCAUACGACCUUUUCAAGCAGCUGCCGAGGGAGAAUGCCGAGGAGCAGCACGAAGCCUGGCUGAACGCCAUCAGGGAUGCUGCUUGGCAACGUACCGAUGCUGAGGAUGAUUGCCUGCCGUCCACCUCUGCUCUUGCCCUGCACUGGAAACGGAGCCUAUGGGUAAUCAGAGUGUGGCAGCAGGCAUCAACACAAACAGUCACGUACCCUCCAAUCCAGGAAUAUGGAUGGCUGGUUGCAGACAAUGUGGUUUCGGUCGAGUGGGAUUCACCAACGCAUAUUGCAACAGUUACCAGCCGAGUUGCUGCAUUGACCAAAGGUUGUACCUGCAAAUUGGGUUGCAAGACCAAGAAAUGCAAAUGCCGGAAGAACAAUGGAAUAUGUACUCCUGGAUGCAAAUGUCACAACUGCCAUAAUACAGCCGAGACUAGCAGUGUGCUGGUCUAAACCAUGUCCAGGCUGUGACAGUGCAUUCAGGAACCACAGCCAGCAGCACAGAACUCGUCACAUUGGCCGUCUGUUAUGCAAGGACAUUUUAUUGAAUGGUAAAUUAAUUUUAUCUGGAAGAAUAAUACAAGACUCUCACGCGAAUCCCACCAAUCUGCAUGGAAGGCUACACUGCAGAACUGUGAUGUAAAUUCGCUAAGUAUGCCUUUUUCACAUAUAGAAUAACUGCUGCUUGACCAGCUUCUAAUCCAUUUUCACUUAGAAAAUGAUAUGCAAACUUUACAAUAGACAGAGUUCAAAGAUAUACAAAUUUCGCAUUUUGGAUUCUCAACAGUAUCACCCUAACCACAGGCGCACUCAAAGUAAAGAGAACAUAUUUCUCUAUCAUAUUAAAUUACCUUGGAUGCUUCUUUCUUCUUGUCAUGCCAUUUUCAACAAGGCAACACUUGUGCACGUAAAAAUACCCAAAAAACAAAUUUGAGAUUUCAUUUACUGCCAUCAGUUAUUCCAGGCAGGUAUGC